UUAAUGUGUGAAUUACGCGGAUUUUCUAUUCUUCGUCCAAGUGUUGAUUUGGAAACUAUUGAGGAAGAACCGGAUGAUUAUGUCUCCCAGCAUUCACGUAAUGCCCGUUCCUUAAAGAAUGGCCUUGAGGGUGGGCAUUUUCGUGAUAACAUUCGCCAGAAUGUUUAUCAACAGGAAAAUGGAGGACAAAAUAGCCAGACAAAUACGAUUACUACUUACGCAACUCAAAAUUCUGAUGGUUUCGACACAAACAGUCUAAAUUAUCUGAAUUGGAAUAGAGGUGGAGGGCGUGCCGGCAGCACAAAAUCUAUAAAGAGUGGCAUUAGAAAUACUCGAUAUAGAGGACUUGGAUGUGGAAGUGGUACAAUUGGGACACAUAUUACUGGUGGAACGUCAACGGCUGGAACGUUGAAUGGAACGAGAUAUUUUGGCGAUUCUUGGAAGUCUUUGGACAAAUGGGACCAAAAUUAUUAUUUCAACACGUAUGGACCACCGAGGGAAGAUCCAAUCUCUUUGUAUCAAUGGAGUAACAGUAAAAAUUAUGGAGAUGCUAUACGCCGACAUGUUAGUCAAUUGGAAAAGGAUGAAAAACGGAAAAGACGUCAGAAAAUUUGUUGCCUUCUCUGCUGCUGUUUCCGUUGCUGUUUUUCUUGCAAAAAGUCGCCUUCAUCUUCCCAACCACAAAAUCCUCGCCCAACGCUCAAAGGUUGUCGUCAAUUGAACUGGAAUUAAGUUUUAAAAUUAAAUUAUUAUUCCCUAAAAUGACAAAUAUUGAUCCCAUAAUUUAUUGAAUAAGAUAUUCCAAAAUAUUUAUUCUCAUCCCUCAGGAAAUUAUUAAAUAUAUCAGUACUGUUUUUGAAUUUCAGAAAAUUGUGGGAAGGAGGGGGGGGGGGUAUUAAUUAGAGUUAACAUUAAAUUGGUGACAAACCGGGAAAAAAUUUGUUGACUAUAUUUUAAUUUUCGAUUAAUUUUUGCUUUCCAUUUUU